AUGAUGAUGAUUCCAAGCAAAAUAUUCUCUCUACUUCAGGUUUUCACUAUUUUAUAUCUCCAUAUAGUUACUUUUGCUUCCAUCGAAGAAGCAACUGCCCUCUUGAAAUGGAAAACAAGUUUCAAGAACCAGAAUAAUUUCUUAUUGGCUUCGUGGAAGCCAAAGUCUAAUGCAUGCAGGGACUGGUACGGAAUUAUAUGCUUUAACGGUAAGGUAAGCAAGUUGAAUAUUAGAAAUACUAGUGUCAUUGGUACACUUGAUGGUUUUCCGUUUUCAUCUCUCCCUUUUCUUGAGUAUCUUGAAAUUAGCAUGAACUAUUUCUCUGGCACCAUUCCACCUGAAAUUGGUAAACUCACUAAUCUUAUCUAUCUUGAUUUAUCGAAUAAUCAGAUUUCAGGCACAAUCCCAACGCAAAUUGGCUCACUCGCCAAGCUUCAGAUCCUCCAUAUCUUUGACAACCAUUUAAAUGGUUUCAUUCCUGAAAAAAUAGGUCAUCUAAGGUCUCUUACUGAGCUAGAUUUGAGUUCUAACACUCUUGAUGGUUCUAUUCCUACUUCAUUGAGGAAUUUGACCAACUUGUCACUUUUGAAUCUUUAUAAAAAUAACCUUUCUGGCUCCAUUCCUGCAGAAAUAGGUUACCUAAGGUCUCUUACUGAUCUAUGUUUGAACCGUAACUCUCUUAACGGUUCUAUUCCUGCUUCAUUAGGGAAUUUGAACAGCUUGUCUAUUCUGCAUCUUAGUAGUAAUUACCUUACUGGCUCUAUUCCUGAAGAAGUAGGUUACCUAAGGUUUCUUACUGAUCUACGUUUGAACGAUAACUUUCUUAAUGGUUCUAUUCCUGCUUCAUUGGGAAAUUUGAACAACUUGACUAUUCUGCAUCUUCAUGAUAAUCACCUUUCUGGUCCUAUCCCUGAAAAAAUAGGUUACCUAAGGUCUCUUGUUGGAUUAAGUUUGAAAAAUAACUCUCUUAAUGGUUCUAUUCCUACUUCAUUGGGGAAUUUGACCAAAUUGACCCUUUUGAAUCUUUAUGAGAAUCACCUUUCUGGCUUUAUUCCUGAAGAAAUAGGUUGCCUAAGGUUUCUUACUGAUCUACGCUUGAACGGUAACUCUCUUAAUGGUUCUAUUCCUGCUUCAUUGGGGAAUUUGACCAACUUGUAUGAUUUACAUUUGAGCAAUAACUCUCUUAAUGGUUCUAUUCCCGCUACAUUGGGGAAUUUGAGAAACUUGCAUGUUCUGUCUCUCAAUAACAACAAUCUGAUUGAGGAAAUUCCUUCAGCUAUUUGCAAUUUAACAUCACUGGUAAUCUUGUAUUUGUCGAGAAACCACUUGAAAGGAAAAAUUCUGCAAUGCUUGGGUAAUAUCAGUGCCCUCCAGUAUGUGAUAAUGUCACAUAAUAAUCUCAGUGGAGAGCUCCAUCCAUCUAUUUGCAAUUUAAAAUCACUGCAUAUUCUAGAUUUAGGUAGAAACAAUCUAAAGGGAACAAUUCCGCAAUGUUUUGGCAACAUGAGUGGUCAUCUUGAGGUUCUGGAUAUGCAACACAACAAUCUUUCUGGAACUCUUCCAACCACUUUUAGAGCUAGAGCACUUAGAAGCUUCAACUUGCAUGGCAAUAAACUUAAGGGGAAAAUUCCCCAAUCUUUGGUCAAUUGCAAAAAGAUGCAAGUUCUUGAUUUAGGAGAUAAUCACCUUAACGACAUCUUCCCGGUGUGGUUGGGAACUCUUCCUAAGUUGAGAGUUUUAAGCUUGAGAUUGAAUAAGUUGCAUGGACCCAUUAGAACUUUAGGAAGUGAAAACAUGUUUCUUGAGCUUCGAAUGUUGGAUAUCUCUUCCAAUGCCUUCACGGAAAACUUACCGACGAGUCUAUUUCAACAUUUGAAAGCCAUGAGGACAAUUGAUCUGUCAAUGGUAGCACCAAGAUAUGGAUAUUACCAAGAUACGGUAGCUGUUGUAUCCAAGGGAUUGGAGUUUGAAGUUGUGAGAAUCUUGUUUUUGUACACCACUAUUGAUCUUUCAAACAACAAAUUUGAAGGAAAUAUUCCAAGUAUUAUGGGAGAUCUCAUUGCACUUCGUGUGCUGAAUUUAUCUCAUAAUGGAUUGCAAGGUCAUAUACCGCCAUCACUUGGAAGAUUAACUUUAGUUGAAUCAUUGGACCUGUCAAGUAACCAUCUUGUAGGAGAGAUACCAGCACAAUUUGCUUCUCUUACUUCUCUUGAAGUCUUAAAUCUCUCCUACAAUCAUCUCGAAGGGUGCAUUCCUCAAGGAAAUCAAUUUCAGACCUUUGAGAACAAUUCAUAUAUAGGUAAUGAUGGAUUACGUGGAUUUCCACUAUCAAAAGGUUGUGGUAGUGAUGAUAAUGAUUCAGAAUCAGAGAAAACUGAUACCGGAUCUGAGCUUGAUGAAGAAAGCAACUCUGAAUUUCUGAAUGAUUUUUGGAAAGCUGCUCUUAUGGGCUAUGGAAGUGGACUUUGUAUUGGAUUAUCCAUUAUAUAUGUCAUGAUCUCAACUGGAAAACCGAUAUGGUUUGCAAGAAUUAUUGUGGAGCUGGAGCAUAAAAUUAUGAUGGGAAGAAGAAAGAAGCAGCGAAAGCAAAGGAGUUACAGAAGAAGCAAAUAA